CAGGCAGGCAGGCAGGCAGGCAGCAAGCAGUCAACGGUGGCAGAGAUGGACGCUCACCUCUGAAUCACAACUCACCCUCCUGUAGUCAGUCAAGCGUCUCUUGGACUUGUGUUUUCUUUUUUUUCAUCCAUCUGGAGCGGGUUUCCACCUCUGGUGCUCAUUCAGACUGGCGGGGCGAAGCAGCGAAGAGCAGAGGCGGGAAGGUUUUAGUGGCAUUCCGACGCUCAGGAGUCCUGCAGUCGUACCUGCACCUGUACCUGCACAUCCGGUGAUAACAAUGCAUCCAAAUAAGUAUUUAACUGAACUGGCGGCGGAGAAAAGCAGCCUGGACCCCUCCUUUGCGCACGCGGUGCGCCUCCUUGCAGAAGAGAUUGGGAAACAUGAAGGGGAUGAAUUGAGAAAAGACGGCGACAUAAAGAAAUACCUAGAUAUCAUCAGCAAUAAAAAUAUCAAGCUCUCCGAAAGAGUUCUCAUUCCGGUCCAACAGUAUCCAAAGUUUAAUUUUGUUGGGAAGCUGCUGGGACCACGGGGAAAUUCCAUGAAACGGUUGCAGGAGGAAACUGGAGUGAAGAUGUCCAUCCUUGGCAAAGGGUCCAUGAGGGAUAAAGACAAGGAGGAAGAAUUAAGGAAAAGCGGGGAGGCCAAAUAUGCUCAUCUGAGUAACGAUCUUCACGUUUUAAUUGAAGUCUUUGCUCCACCUGGAGAGGCCUAUUCCCGCAUGAGUCACGCCUUGGAAGAGAUAAAAAAAUUCCUUGUUCCAGACUACAAUGACGAGAUCAGACAGGAGCAACUGAGAGAGCUCUCUCUCCUGAACGGCUCCGACGAGUCGAGCAGAGGGAGAAGUGCCCAAGGGAGGAGCGUACGACCGGCAACCGCGGCAUCUACAAGGGGCCACAGAGGCACGGGGAGGAGUGCUGCAGCACCUCGAGGGACAGCAGCAGCAGCAGCAGCAGCAGCAGCAGCAGCAGCGUCGUCACACGGCAAACUUCCCACGACUGUUUUAACGAGGGAGGCACAAGCUCCGAGAGCCAGGGGGGCAGCAGGGAGCGCUGGAUACAGGGUCCCGCUGUUAGCAGUCACACAUGAAUCAUACGACGAAUAUGGCUACGACGAUGGAUAUGGUGGGGAAUAUGAUGACGAGAGCUAUGAAGACUAUGAGGACAACUACAACAAUCAGUCAAAGAGCAUUUCAGAAUAUUAUGAAUAUGAACAUGGAACCGGUGAUGAAUCCUUCAACAACUACGAGGAAGAGUGGCAGACCAGCCGCCCCAGUCUCAAAGCCCCCGUUUUACGGCUGACACGAGGGGGCUACAGGAAACAUCCCUAUGGUAGAUACUGAAGGUGCUCCUGAUAUGUGACCUCCAAACUUUUUCAAACUGUUUAUACUUUUCUUUUUUUUUUAAUUACUCAUGAAAGGUUGUAACUUUUCCGUUCGUCUUUAAAGUAACUCCAACUCGCACACAACCUCACAGAUUGUAAUAUCAUUGCAGUAUCAAUUGCUUUCCCUCAAUGGACCAUCAUUUAUUGAAAGGAAAAAAAACAUCCCUCUUCUAUUCCAAACGAAUUUUGACAUUAUACUGAAUUCAAUUACAUUUUUUUGUCAUUACAUUUCCCCUAGUGGGCUUGCAUUUACUGCCAGUAAUGCAGUGAUUAUCACGCUAACCCCACGUAAUACCGGGAUAAAACUACACCGAAUGUUUUAUAUAUGCUCCCCUUGUUGAAUUAAGCAAUCACAGAAUCAAAAAGUCUCACCAUCACUUAACAAAGAGACAUGGGGGACAUGUUGGACAUGGACCAGUCAUACCUCUGCACGUAAAUCCCUCUUUUCGGUUUGUUGUGUCAGACAAUGUGGAGAAAAACAAUUCAUAUAAAACACCAUAUUUUUUUUUGUCAGCGUGUUGUAAGACAUUCCAUGUUGUCACACCAUAUGACAAAAGACGGCCGUCAAUUCAACAACGUAGUAUGUCCGAAAAUAAAGAAAAACACACACACCCCACAGCUCACUGAUUGGUCUGGUCUGGUUGUGGGCACAGCUUGGUGUAAGUGGAUCUUCUCCAGUCUGACACAUUUUAUCACAAACGUAACCCUGUGUGAUUUCGACCGGCAAACACAAAACGACUUUAUAUUUGGCUCGUUUUAAAAUGUGUCUUCUUUUCUUUUUCUUUUUUUUUUUUUUUUGGUAUUUGUGACGCUGCAGAUCAAUACUUGUUCACAGAAACUUUACUUCCUGUGUGAUUCCAACUUGAUUUGCAAAAA